UACUUCCUCAUUUAGGUUUAGUCAUUUGUCAAAGUAUGGCGACUAUGUAUUUCACCCUCGCUAUUCUACUAACUCUACUCCAUCAUUCAGAGCCCAGUGCUGAGACCUCUGUGUUUGUGCUGAAGGGACAGGAUGUUCGCCUGAAUGUCCAGACAAAUGUUACACUGAAAGAAGAUGUUGAUGUGCUAUUUUGGAAGUUUAACAGAUCAGUCAAUGUUGUAAAGUACCCCCCAAAAGUUACCUUUGAAAGGUACCGAGGUAGGGCUGAAUUGAUUGUGGGAGACUUCUCUCUGCUACUGAAGAACCUACAGGAAGAAGACAGUGGACUUUAUGAUGCAGUAGUGUCUGGUAACAAAGACAGAAACGUUGCUAGAUACUUGAUAGAAGUCCAAGAGAGAGUUGAGUUUCCAGUCCUGACAGUGGACUCUGUCUCCUCCAUCAAUGGCACCUGUAACGUGACUGUGACCUGCAGAGGUCAGAACACCUCUGUCACCUCUAGCUGUAACAGCAGUACCUGCUCUCAGGUGGGAAGAGAGAGUAGAGGGGCUGAGACCUCCACUGUCCCCCUUCUCUCUGUCUAUGUGGCAGGGGGUUCCAUCAUCUGUAACCACAGCAACCAAGUCAGCUGGGCCAACGACACCAAGGAAAUCAAAAUAAUUUGUGUAUCUAAUUCUGAUCAAGAAGACCACACCUACCGUGUCAUACUCAUUCUCAUAGUCUGUGGCAUUGCCAUCAUCAUCAUCAUCAUCAUCAUCAUCAUUGUUUUGAUUCGGCAGAAGCAAAAUGGAGGUGACAUAAAGGAUAUUAUAAACACUGAUUAUGCUACAGUUGGGACUCCAGAUAACAGUCAAGCAGGUGGUGAACAGCAGAUGUCUCCAGGUCCAGCAUCACCCACCAUCUACAGUAUGGUGGGACAUCCCCAAUCCCAGCCUGUGAACCACCAGCCCCUGCCUGUAGACCUCCCCAUGACUACCAUGGCUCCCAUGACCUCCAUGCCUGAGAGUUUAUAUGCUAUGAGAGAGUUGAGCCUCCAGUCCUGACAGUGAACUCUGUCUCCUCCAUCAAUGCCAUCUGUAAGGUGACUGUGACCUGCAGAGGUCAGAACAACUCUGUCACCUCAAGCUGUAACAGCCGCACCUGCUCUCAGGUGGGAGGAGAAAGUAGAGGGGCUGAGACCUCCACUGUCCCCCUGCUCUCUGUCUAUGUGGCAGGGGGUUCCAUCAUCUGUGACAACAGCGAACAAGUCAGAUGGGCCUACAGAUGUCAGAUCUUAACUUGAUUUUGUCGCAGAUAAUUUUGCUGAUGCAAAAAACAAAAAAGGAAAUUCAAAUGAGCCUUGUGAGUGGCUGAAAAUGAGCAGUUAUCUUUUUCUCCAUGUGGGGGCAGUCUAUUCAUUGGGAUCAGGGCUUGUUUCAAAAUUAUGUUCCGUCCCGCUCACUCAAAUGCCAGGCCUAGGUCCUAUUACUGCAACAUUCAAAUGUACAAAUAUGUACACUACCGUUCAAAAGUUUGGAAUCACUUAGAAAUGUCCUUGUUUUUUUUUUAAAAAGCACAUUUUUGGUCCAUUUAAAAUAACAUCAAAUUGGUAAGAAAUACAGUGUAGACAUUGUUAAUGUUGUAAAUGACUGUUGUAACUGGAAAAAUAUGAUUUUUUAAUGGAAUAUCUACAAAGGUGUACAUAGGCCCAUUAUCAGCAACCAUCACUCCUGUGUCCCAAUGGCACGUUUUGUUAGCCUUUAAAAUUAUACACUUGGAUUAGCUAAUUGAUCAUUAGAAAACCCUUUUGCAAUUAUGCACAGAUGAAAACUGUUGACCUGAUUAAAGAAGCAAUAAAACUGUC